UGUAGCGUAAGUCAGUAUCGCGUUACGAUCGAUCGAAGCGUGAAUCGAGCGUAAAUCAUAGACCACAGCAAGUGGUCCGCGUAACAAAAAAAAAAAAAAAAAAAAAAAAAAAAAAAAAAAACAAAAUUACAACGAUAUCUCGAACGAUGGCCAAAAACGACGACGACCGCCGAUGUUGGAACGAAUUGAGAAGAUUGAGACUGCCGGCCGAUUUGCGCAACAGAGAGGAGAGAAGCGAAUUUCUCGAGCAACUGUAUCGUCUCGUGGAAAAUUGGACGGGCGAAUUGCCCAAUUUGCGAAAUAUCUAUGGAGAAGCGGAGAUCGAUCGGAUCCUCUUGUGGGACUACGAGGACAACGAGUACUUUCGCCGGCGCACUCCCUUUAUCCGGUUCGCGAUAAUGAGCGGCUACAGGGACAAGCCCAGACUCCGGCUCAACGGCGCGCCACUGCUGAGCCGCUGCACGGCGCUGCAUCUGUUGGCCGCGCGCGACACCGCCUACUGCAGCUCCUGGGCUCUGUUCGCGAUCUACGACAGGUGGGACGUGAACUAUCGCGACCAGACGGGCUUCACGCACUUCCACGCGGCCUGCAAGCUCGGCUUUCACGGGGCCGUGCGCCAGUUCAUCAAGCGCGGCCGAGUCGAUCCCAACGAGCCGGUGCUCUGUACGGGCGACGGGCCGCUCCACCUGGCCAUCAGGCACGAGCGCAGCCUCGUGUUCAGGGAGCUGCUGCUCUCGGGCGCCAAUCCGAAUCUGGCAGACGCCCGGGGCGAGACACCGCUGCACCUGGCCUGCCGCAAGCCGGACGACGGCGCCUGGGCGAGGCUCGUGCUCGGCCUGUCCAAUCGCGCGCUCAACGUCAACGCCGAGGACGGCGAGGGUCGCACGCCGCUCCACUGGGCCGUGACGAAUCUGCUGCCGGACGUGAUCAAAAAGAUGCUGGAUCGGGGCCUCCGUCUGCCCGGCCCGUUCGCGUUCCCCGAGGAGCCGCACUUCUACCCGAGAUUCGCCGAGUCCCGAGGUGGCGGAGACAGGUUCGCGGCGAGACUGGCCGCCGCCACUCUGGGCGUCGUCGAGAUCUUCGCCUCGCGCGGAUUCACGCGCAUUCCCGCCCUGACGUUCCUGAAUGUCUUUAACUCGCACGGAUUGCUCGAGAGGUCGGCGCGAGCCCUGAGCACCUGGCACGGCCACGAAGAGGAGGAGUUCGCCUCGGCGGCCAGCGAAUUACGGAUCGAUUCGAGCUUCUCGCUCUACGACCUGAUCCGGAUGAGACCGGCGGAGGCCGCGAGAGCCCGCGUCGCCUGGCAGGACUACUACGAGUUCGCGUGCUCCAGCCAGCUGUGGCAGCUGCCCGAGAGGCACUGGGAGGCCUGCUCGCUACGCAUCUGCGAGAUAAUAGCCAGGCGGCUCUGCCAGCGACUGGCCAUGUGGCGCUUCUGCCGUAUCACCCUCUACGGGCUGCCGCUCGACGUAGCCCGAGCGAUCCUGGACAGCAUGACCGCCCGCGAUCUGUACGACUUCUGCAUGGCAGCCAGAACGCAGAUACUGAGAAGCAGAUUACGGGCAGCAGUCGCGAACAUAGGACCGAGUAACCAGUCUAAAGUUGAAGGAUAAAGCAUAAGCGGUGAUUUUACAUUAGUAAUGAUAUUACAUAUUGUUACGGUUUUUUGAUACAUAUAAUGGACGUAUGUAGUAACUUUGUAUUUUGCUAUAGUAUCGUUUACGACAGAUUCAUCAAUUUUCCUUUGUUUAACGAUGUAUUUUAAGCUUGGAAUUAAUAAACAAACAAUAGAAUUCAUUGA